AUGUCCUCCGCCAAGAAAGGCUUUUACCGGCAGGAAAUCACGAAAACCUUAUGGGAGGUGCGGGAGCGCUACCGGGACCUGCAGCCGGUGGGCUCCGGAGCCUACGGCGCUGUCUGUUCAGCUAUCGAUGGAAGAAAUGGCACCAAAGUGGCUAUCAAGAAACUGUACCGCCCAUUUCAGUCCGAACUCUUUGCCAAACGAGCCUACCGGGAACUGCGCCUCCUGAAACACAUGAAGCAUGAAAAUGUUAUUGGAAUAUUGGAUGUGUUCACACCAGAUGUAACACUGGAGAAAUUUAAUGAUUUCUACCUAGUCAUGCCGUUUAUGGGAACAGACUUGAGUAAGAUAAUGAAGCAUGAGAAACUAACUGAAGAUCGAAUCCAGUUCCUGGUCUAUCAAAUGUUAAAGGGCCUAAAGUAUAUCCAUUCAGCAGGCAUAAUUCACAGGGAUCUAAAGCCUGGAAAUUUAGCAGUAAAUGAAGAUUGUGAAUUGAAGAUUCUGGAUUUUGGGCUGGCAAGGCAUACGGACAGUGAAAUGACAGGCUACGUGGUUACUCGAUGGUACAGAGCCCCGGAGGUCAUACUUAAUUGGAUGCAUUAUACUCAAACAGUUGACAUCUGGUCAGUGGGCUGUAUUAUGGCAGAAAUGAUAACAGGGAGGCCACUGUUCAAAGGAAAUGAUCAUCUGGACCAGCUCACAGAAAUAAUGAAGGUAACAGGCACACCAACUCAAGAUUUUGUUCAGAAACUACAGAGUCAAGAUGCAAAAAAUUAUAUCAAAAGCCUCCCAAAAGUGCAGAAAAAAGACUUUGCAGCCAUCUUGAAGUAUGCAAAUCCUUUGGCUGUAAACCUUUUGGAGAAGAUGCUGGUGUUAGAUGCAGAGAAGAGAAUAACGGCAGUAGAAGCUUUAGCGCAUCCUUAUUUUGAACCAAUUCAUGAUCCUGAAGAGGAAACUGAGGCAGAGAAAUAUGAUGACACAUUUGACAAUAUGGAUUUGCCACUGGAUGAGUGGAAGCGCAUUACCUAUAAAGAGGUAAUAAACUUCAAGCCAUCUCCCCUGCUUGAGUCAAAGGAAACAGCAGUGUAA